AAUACCGAUGGAGCGGAUACGAUACGCUCUUCCCAUAUCAAAUUCGACAAUUGGGAGGUUUACAAUGGAGAUGAUAGCAUUUCGCUCAAAGCCAACAGUACAAAUAUUGCAAUUACAAACUCUGUCUUCCAUAAUGGCCUUGGCAUCGCUCUCGGCAGUAUUGGUCAAUAUAAUCAGCAAUUUGAGACAAUCGAAGGACUCAAUGUCGAAAAUAUACAAUUCGACAACACUCUUCAUGCGGCAUAUGUCAAGACAUGGACAGAUGAUCAGAAUGGAUACCCGCCUAAUGGCGGAGGUGGAGGUCUUGGAUUCACCAAAGAUAUCAAGUUCAAAAACUUAACAGCUACCGGUCUCCGGGGUGCAGCUAUCGCCAUUUCACAAUGCACACGGUUCAAAGGAGCCCCUGGGCAGGGAAACUGCACCAACUCUCAGUUCGAAGUUGCCGGAAUAAGCGUUGACGGCCUCAAAGGAAGUACCAAAUCAUCCAGAGUUGCAAGCUUGCAGUGCAGUGCUGUCGCACCGUGCUCUGUGCAGAUCCAGAAUGUCGGUUUGGCUCUUGCGAAUGGAACGAUUGCACGAGAUUAUCUCUGCGGCAAUGUUGGCAAUGCACAAGGAUUCGAAUGCACUGGCAAGGCCUGUGAAGGAGGAAGUGCCACAGGAGAGUGCAAAUCAUAA